AUGCAGAAUGAUUUGUGUCUAGAUUCCAAUAACUUCAGUGUCCUCGAAGAAUGUCCCGAGGAUCUUUUUCCAAAUCUAGCCAAAUUCAGUAAAGCUUACCACCAUAUUCACGUCUUUUUAUCCCUAAUAAUAUGUCUAUUUGGAAUUUGUCUCAAUGCUCUCAAUGUUGUGGUCCUCUGCCAACGACAUAUGCGAAAUUCUAAUAACCUCUUAUUAUCAAGCCUUGCAAUAUCAGAUGGAAUGGUCAUGCUGUUCUAUAUCAUUUUCGAUCUUGGGUUUCGGUUGGUACCAAGACUCGAAAAUGGCAUGUCAAAGGAAUAUGCUUAUCUUCUCUUUGUUUAUAUCGUCGGUCAGAAUGUAUUUCACACUUUUUCAACGUGGAUUAUUGUGGUCCUAGCUGCCUACAGGCUUCUCUACGUUCAUGCUGGACUUCAAGCGAGAGUUGUCUAUGCACCAUUGCGAGUAUGGCUAGCAAUUGCUAUAGUGGCACUAACAUCUGUAAUUCUAACAAUUCCUCUUGUGUUUGCCCACGAAGUUACUGACUACAAGCGGCCAAACUGCACUGUGACCGGUCUCUACGAAGUGGACUAUGUUAAAAAUACCACACUGCAAAUUGUCCUCUUCUACAACUCCGCUCUUCUAGUUAAAGCCAUCCCAAUCAUACUUAUGAGCGUAUUGAGUACCAUAUUGAUUAAAAAGAUUAGAGUAACUCAAGUAAAGAGACGUAGACUCUUCCCAAAGGAAAUUGGGCGGUCUUCACUAACAGCGUCUUCUUCGGCUGAAGGAUAUACAGCUGAAGAAAGACGGCUACGAAAGCUUCAUUGGUUUUUCUUCAAGUCGUGUGGGGGAUUUGAAAAUUUUCGACAGACGGCUCAACCAACCAAAAUGUUAUUGGCUGUGACGAUUAUUUACAUAAUUUCCUAUCUGCCUCAGUCCGCUUUGCUGAUUCUGAAUCGAUCAAUGGGUCGGUGCUUCCAGAAGUACGUCUACGAACGACUUGGUGACCUGAUGGAUCUCCUGACUCUUAGCAACAAUGGAAUCACUUUCAUAAUAUACUGUGUAAUGUCCUCCCAAUUUCGUGACACAUUUGUAGCUCUGCUCACCUCUAGGAAGAGAAAAAGUUGA